AUGUUAAAAAUACACAGUAUCUACAAUCUUUGGUCUCUUGAAGGCGCCAAAGUUCAACUGCCGCCACAAGAUUACUCACGUGAAAUUAUUGGAACUAGAACAGAACAGAGAGUAAAGAUGAACAGAAUGCGAAUCCGUAUAGCUGAACGUCUAAAGGAUGCUCAAAACACGAAUGCAAUGCUGACGACAUUCAACGAAAUCGACAUGAGUGCACUUAUUGAUUUUCGCAAAACGAAUCAAGAGGCUUUCAAUAAAAAGUAUGGACUUAAACUAGGUUUUAUGAGCCCGUUUAUCGCAGCUUCUGCUUAUGCUUUGAAAGAUCAACCUGUUGUUAAUGCUGUCAUUGAUGGUGGCGAUAUAGUGUAUAGAGAUUAUGUUGAUAUCAGUGUGGCAGUUGCCACGCCGAAAGGUUUAGUUGUUCCAGUACUGAGAAGUAUAGAAAAUAAGAACUUUGCUGAAAUAGAAAUAGCACUUGCUGCUAUUAGUGAUAAAGCGAGAAAAGGAAAAAUUUCCAUCGAAGAUAUGGAUGGUGGCACUUUUACUAUUAGCAAUGGUGGUGUGUUUGGAUCACUCAUGGGAACACCCAUCAUUAAUCCGCCUCAAAGCGCUAUUUUGGGAAUGCAUGGAGUCUUUGAUAGACCUAUUGCAGUCAAAGGACAGGUCGUUAUUCGUCCCAUGAUGUACGUUGCUCUUACUUAUGAUCAUCGAUUAAUUGAUGGACGUGAGGCUGUUAUGUUCCUAAGAAAAAUAAAAGACGCCGUGGAAGAUCCUAGAAUAAUAUUAGCUGGUCUAUAAAAAAUAGUUACUUCCAAAAAAUUAUUCUUUCAAUUGCUUUGUGCACCUCUACUUACUCGAGAGUUACGUAUCUGUACAGUGUCAUAUCGUAAUUUAUUUCUUAAAUGAAUGCAAAAGUUUCAUCUUUGAAACUUGGACAUUUGUAAUUAUUUUAAACCCUCCAGCUGUGAUUCAGUGAAAGUAAAGAUGAGCUAAUUGUUGCAUCCAUCAAAAAUAUGUGAAUCACUUGUUGGACUGCAACAUUUUAGUUAUUUGUUAAUAAUAUUUUUUCUCUUCUCACAAUGAUAUUCUUGGACAAAAUUUUAUUCCAACCGUCUAUCAUUAAGUAAAUUAUUGUUUUAAUUUGGAAUUGAAGAAUAGAGAAAUUGUAUUAUUAGUUUCAACAGUAAAUCAACAUUGUAAUCAUUGUCAUAAAACGCUGUUCAAAUGAACUUUUUUUUGUGAAUUAUUGUCUCACGUUUUAUUGUUUCCUGAAAUUUUAAAACUUUCUUAAUUUAUGUUAGAAUAAAAUUACUAACACACAUACAUUACGUUGAUAAAAAAAAAUGUAAAUAGUGAAUUUCCGUUGACUCUUCUCACGUUAAUAAAUUUACAUUUUAACAUAACGAUUUGUGAUUAUUAUUUAUUCGUAAUGUAAUUUUCACUAUCGAUAGACUCAAAUCCAGAUCGAAAAUAAGUAACGAGUGCAAUAUAUGUGACUGCCAAGUAACAGUAUGCAAUUCAUUGUAACUUUUAGAAGUAUCAAUUACGUAUUUAAAAAUCAAUAGACGGAAGUGCUGAAACAAUGACCAGAUGUUACAAUUUUGUAUUUCGAUUGUGUUAUACAUUGUUGUACUCGAAAAAAAAUCAAUUAAUAAAAAAUUAUUUCAAAUCAAA